AUGUUCGCUUCGCUCUUCAACCUCUUCACGACCAAGGAGAAAGCCGCCUCCUCCACGCCGGUCCUCCCUCAACACUCCCGCGAAUCUUUCUGCUCUGCAGAUGCAAUGCUUCCGGCGCCCACUCGCGCCUUCACCGUUCCGGCCCGCUCAACAGGAGCGCGCCCUGCCUCUGAGGCCAAUGCGGUCGACCUCUUCUUCGGCGUUACCGCCCGCCGCGAUGCUACAGGCACCACCGACUCUCGCCACGACGAGCGCCCUGCCGCGUCGUCCGUGAGCAGCAUCACCAAGGAGCUCCCUCCCGCCUAUAUCUAUCCAGUUGGCGCAACCGUCAACGAGUUUGGCGAGGAAGAGCUUCCGACAUACGCUCAGUCCGCAUCUGCCGACUUGGAGCGCGGCGAUGGUGAAGAGCGUGAACCAGUCACCCUCGCCCAGUACUUGUUCAAGUUUGGGUUCCUAUUCCCGCUCUUGUGGUUCUUGAGCUUCAUCAUCCUGCUUUCGCCCUUGUCCGCCCCUACCGAUUGGGAAGCAAACAAGACGCCCGCACAGCGCGCACGGAUGCUCCAACGCAUGCGCGCUUCCGAGGUCCGCUGGGCACGCCGCUCACUCCUCGCUGCUACCACCUUGACUGCAGUCAUCGCCGCCAUCGUCGUUAUUGUCAUCUUCGUCAAGCGCACAACGCAUUGA